UUUAGUUUUUAUUUUUCAAUUUCCGAGAGCUCCAGAAGAAGAGAGAUGAGGACUGCCGCCGCCCAUGGCCCCGACCUCGCCGGCGCCGGCCGCGGGGGUCUCAUCCUUCUCGCUCUCCUCGCGGCCGCCGCCUUCGUCCCUGUCGCCGAAUCGUCGUGCCCGCGAGACAAUUCGCUCGUGAAAGACAUUAGCAAAAUGUACCAAAGCAACUAUGGAAGGGAAGGGUUCUCACAUAUAACCAUCGCUGGUGCACUAGCUCAUGGGAUGAAGGAGGUGGAAGUGUGGCUUCAGACAUUUGGACCAGGCCAACGGACACCGAUCCACAGGCACUCAUGUGAGGAAGUUUUUGUUGUCUUGAAAGGGAAAGGAACGCUGUUGCUGGGGUCAAGCGCAAUGAAGUAUCCAGGGCAACCUCAGGAGAUUCCCGUCUUUCAGAAUAGCACAUUUUCUGUGCCUGUAAAUGAUCCGCACCAGGUUUGGAAUUCUGAUGAGCAUGAGGAUUUGCAGGUUCUUGUGAUCAUUUCGCGUCCACCUAUCAAGAUUUUUACAUAUGACGAUUGGAGUGUGCCUCAUACAGCAGCGAAACUGAAGUUUCCCUACUUCUGGGAUGAAGACUGUUUACCGGCACCUAAAGAUGAACUCUAGGUUUUACACGGCCUAUUGCACUUUGUCAGCAUAGCUUGCGAUCCACGCUUUCUGUGAGACUUCUGUCUGCUCCCUAAUGUGCAGUCCUGUAUGUGUUAUAUUGCCUAAUGUGAUGGUUUAUGUACUUGCUCUGCAGUAAGGUCCACUGUACACUACUUCUGGAGCAUUAUUGUGUAUAUAAAUGCACACCCAGCUGAUUUAAGGUUGAUA